AUAUACGCAUUACCGACUUUAUGAAAGGGUGUUCAUUUCUUUCUUUGUCAAAUUGAAAUAAGUAUGCUAAACAUGCUUUAAACCAAUGUGCGAGAGAGGAUUUUUUUACUUGAAUACAUAUUUUUUUGUAUUUUAUAUGGUGUUUGUUAUCGGAGAAAUUCAAACUUUGUAUACAUGGUUGUAGUGGUAAUUUUGCAUCAAAGGUGUGUCGUACAUUUCAUUGAAUUCAUGCCAUGUGCUUUUUGUAGCAACUUAUUCAAAUAACAGGACACGAAGUGGUUAAGAUGUCGACUGCCCUUGGUGCCUAAGACGAAAUAAAUUUCAUGAUGGCCGUGAGACCAAGAAAUACAGAUGAGUUUCAUUCACAAGAUCAACCAAACAGAUAUGUUUUUGUGACGCGUGCUUAGUGGAUGAUGCCAAAAGAAAAGCGGUUGCAUACUGUCUGAUGUGUGAAGAACUUCUUUGUUUAGAUUGUGCGCACUAUCACAGGAAAAUGAAGGUGUCAAUGGAACAUGUAUUAAAAGAAAUGAUUGACCUGGUACCAGAGAAUCACCCUGGAAAAACCUUUGGCAGGAAAAUUUGAUCAUGAUUCAAUACUACUGAUAUAGGAGCCGCCACCCAAGUUAAAAGAAGAAGAUUACUACCAGAUAACGUUCAAGGAUGUCAGCAAGAACAGAAAAUGGAAAGUUGAUGAAUGUGAAUACACCGUACCAGUUGCCACAAUUUCUGGUCUGCAGCCGAAUACGAUAUAUAUAUUUCGUGUGAAAGUUAUACAUGAAGAUGGUGAAAGUGAGGAAAUUCAAACACUACCUUCACUUGCAUUAAGCCUAACAGAGACUUUGAUUCCCAAGCAGACGAUAGGAUCAUUAUCUAUAUAUUCGUUGCCCUUUACUGAAAUGAAAGCAGUGGAAAAUAGCAGGGCCCGUGCAAAAAGAUAUACUUUUGGAAAUCCACAUUCAGACGGAUAUGUUGAAUCAAAAACAAUACUUUUAGUUGGUGCAACUGGAACAGGAAAGAGUACGUUUGUAGAUGGUAUCGUAAACUAUAUUUUAGGUGUAACAUGGGAAGAUCCGUUCAGAUUUACGGUGGCCAAUGUAGAGGAUGAGAAAAAUGUGAACGAGGCGAUUUCUCAAACAAAAUACAUUAAAUGGUUCACAAUAAAUCCGGAAAAGGGAUGCCGUUUGAAUUAUCAACUGCAUGUUAUCGAUACACCAGGAUUCGGUGAUACACGUGGAUUGAAAAGAGAUCAGGAAAUAAUUGAUCACAUUCGUGCUCUUUUUCUCAGAAAGUGAGCCAAAGGUAUCACUUUUAUUGAUGCAGUCUGCUUCCUGAAUAAAGCACCAGAUGCACGUCUUACACCUUUACAGACCUACAUUUUUCAGCCAAUUAUGUCAUUUUUUGGAAGAGACAUAGAAAGCAAUGUAUGCUCUGUCAUAACCUUUGCCGAUGGCGGUACUCCGCCUGUCUUGGCUGCAUUACAACAUAGCGGACUUCCUUUUGGAAAACCAUUUCCAUUUAACAACUCUUGUCUAUUACUCAAAUCUGACGAGGAUAAAGUUGAAUCUGAUUUUGAUGUUUUCUUUUGGAAUAUGGGACAAAAAAGUUUCAAUGUAUUUUUUAACACUUUGAUCAGCUUCAAUCAAAAAGUCUAAAAAUGUCUAAUGAUGUACUUCGUGAAAGGUUCUGCCUACAAGCUAAUUUUCAAAAUCUGAAGGACAGUCUUCUGCUUCUGAUUCUGCUAAAGCCGGUGCUAGGGGCGUGGACGGUAACUUGCACUUUCCAUUACCGUUCAUGAACAGGCUCAAUCAAACCGAGCCUGCAACAUUUUCAAUUUUGCCGUGUUGGGCUUUCUUUAGGGAUUCUGUAUUUAUCUAUUUGAUGUGGGCCUUAAAAUUUAUAACUUUCUACAGCAAGAGAAAAGAAUAAUUCGAGAAAACAAGUCAAUGAUAGAAGAAAAUCGACAUUUUGAGUACGAAGUUGAAGAAACAAAACAGAUUAAAAUGUCAAUUGCAAAAGGUGGCAAUGACGUAAACUGUAAAAAGUGCAGUUUGAAAUGUAUGUGCCAUGAUAGUGAAGAUAAACCAAUGUGCAAGGUUAUGAAUACAGAGGGCUUUUGUGAAGUGUGUCCUGGAAAAUGUCAUGUCAAGAUACACCAAAGAGAAGAUUUUAGAUAUGAAUAUGUAUAUAUAAAGGUAAAGAAAACCUGUGCUGACAUGAAAGAGAAAUAUUGUGAAGCUGAAGGAAAGUUAUUGACACAUAAGGAGAUUGUAGAUAGAAAUGAACAAAGGCUCGGAGAGAAAAAUGUAACGAACGGCUAAAAGAAAUUGCUUUGAGACCCGACCCCAUAACAGUGCAAGAAUUUAUUGAUUUGUUGAUCGGAGGAGAGGAAAUGUCGAGAAAAGAUGGUUAUUUGGAGAAUAUCAGCAAUUUGAAAGAGCUUCGCGAAUACGUUGAUAACCCAAUGCAUUUUGAAUCACGACAAGAAGAUUCAAGCACGACAACUACCACUGUCAAAGAAAGUGGUAGUUCAAUAGAACAAGCAUUUCAACAGAUAACUCUGCGUUUGAGAAGCUACAUUCCAAAUUAUAAACAAUAAACUUUAAAUCUUCCAAACCAAUUCUAGUUUUCUUACCAAUAUGUUCUGUUUUGACUUUGUAAAAGAACGUCUUUAUCUAUAGUACUAGUACUAAGGAAAAAUGAAACAUAACGUAUCCUAUAUGUUGAACCAAGGUGGACGAGUAGUUAAUGUUGCCGACUACAAAACAUAUCUCUCUCUUCGCUUAAGGUUCCAAACUGUCGGGUACUUUGGAUUAUUUCAUGUGGAGAAGGUAUCCAGCUAGCUAACAGGAAGACGGCGGUUCUGCCGUGUUGGGCUUUCUUUAGGGAUUCUUAUUUUCUCUAUAUUGUAUCGCAACAUCAGCGUUGUUUGUGCCAUGUGAAAGUCACCCCGUAUAUUCAAUCAGAGAUGUUAUAUUUCCGAUCCUUAAAUCGUUCAGCACAACAUUAUUGUUGUGCUUGUGGUAAUUUAGUUGUUUCUAUUCGGCUAUUUUCUUGUUGGGUGGUUCUAGUAUUCCUUACUUGAAUACUGUUGAAUCACCCUUAGGAUAUGUGGCCUGCUUUUUAAAUUUGUCUUUUGACGUAUUAUUUGUGAUAUGCAGGCUUCAUAACCUCUGAUCCCCUUUCAAAAUUCCAUUUUAUUUAGUUCCGCCCAUUGUUUGCUCGUUUAGGCCACACGCAUUUUUUUAUUUGGGGACCAUGUGGCGCUUUCCAUGGAAUGGCACUUACGUGUCAAGGUUCCAUGAUUACCGCCAUAUGAAUACAUCUACGGAUGUUUCAAAAUUCCAAAUUGUACCAGUUCAUGUUAAAUGUUGAGUUCUGCUUAAGCCGGUGCCAGGGGGCGUGGUCGGUAGCUGCAAUUGACAGUAGGCUCAUUCAAACCGAGCCUGCAACAUUUUCCGUGUUGGGCUUUCUUUAAGGAUUCGUGGACAUUAUUCAAGGUUUUCAUUGAUUGUAUUUUUAAAACCAAACAAAAAAACAUUUCAAAAUGCAUUCAAAUUUCGUCAUUGGUUUUCGUUUUAUUAUAAUCAAUUAAAUAUUUACCAUUCAAAUAAAUAGUUCUUGAAUGUUUAAUAUUCAUCUACAUAUGCUUUUGACUUGAAAAUUUGAAUUGAAGUAGGGAUAUUCUACUCACUCAGGCUACGGCUUCUCUUUACCGUUUUGGUUUAAGUUUUGUGUGCAGCUUUUAUUACAUCUUCUUACCAUAUCAACAACUUAUUAUAGAUAGAUAAAGUCGUAAAUUCGCUAUUAUAACUUAACAUUUAUACGCAAUACUCUAUAAUGACUUCAUAGCCAUAAUAAUAUUCAAUACUUCACAUAUUCCUUGAAGCUCAUACCUGAAUGUUCCCUGACAUGCAUGUUGACUGAAUUAUUCCCUAUUGCACACUUAAAAUAUCCAGUGCAAGACGUUAUUUUGAUUGAAUUAUAGCCCAUUAUGAAUAUUGACUUUCUUACUAAAUUCCUACGCGCAGGAUUAAUUUUCAAAAUAACUGACGGUAAAAGGAAAAAAAAAACAUUACACAUGUCUUUUGGAUCGUUCCUGUAAGUCAGUUUCCAAGAGUCAUAAUUAUGGCAUGUAUAACUGUGUAUUUGUAAAAUUUAAAUUCAUUUAUCUAAAAAGCUGGUACUAGCCUGCAGAAAAUAAUUUGUAUAGUCUUACUAUAUAGAUUAUUUGUCUUCAGCCUUGGGUCAUAUAAUCUGUCCUAGAUAAUGUGUUUGGGCGAGAAAAUAUGAAAAGCAGUUUGUGAAAUAAAUAGUUAAUUGUAAUAAGAUAUCUUCUUGCAUUAGCCUCUUGUUAUUUUUUUCAAAACUUGUAAGCUGAUCAUAAGGCUAAUCAUUGAGAAUUGUUGAUAACCUUUUCUUUACCUUUUGAUGUUAGUAUACAUGGCACGAUAAUAUUAUUAAGCUACAUGCACGCCUAUAGAGAAUAAUUUCAUUUUGUAAUGGAAUUAUAUAUUUAAGGGAAGUAAUAUUUUAUAAGCCCAAAAACUUUUCCGUGUAAAAUGGCAUGCAGCUGGUCGUCUGUCCGUCUGUUAGCAGUUUGUUGUCGUGUCUGGUCUUAUCUUUUGAACCGAUACAAGAAAAUUGAAACUACUUUGCAGAAAUGUUAACUAUAAUGAGACAAUGUGCAAAGCGCAGGUUAAAACUUUCUGAGGUCAAGUUCAGGAUCACACUUUUGUAUCAUUUUCAAAAUUUCGUGUUUGUUCUGUAUCUUUUAAAGUGUUAAAUUGUAACAUUUUGGUUAAAAUAUUACUUAUAAUAGGACGGUGUGCAAACCACAAGUUCGGGCUUACUGAGAUCGAAAUUGGGCCGACCACAGGAAAUACUUGGUUUAUAUAUAUAUACUUUUUAGGAGUUUUUAUGUCCGGUCUGUACCUUUUGAUCAUUUGGACGGAAAUUGAAACUACAUGGCAGAAAUGUUUAACAUAAUGGGACGCUGUGCUCAUUCAAAAUCCUCAUUUAAAAUCCUUAUAUAAGUGUUUAGAUUAAAAGGGAUAUUACGAUGUAUAGUUUCCUCCCAAUAUAUAUGUAUUUUAUCUCCCUUUAUUCCCCAAAAUCGAUUACUUCAUUUUCUUUUUCAUAUCAAACUUUAUAUUUUUAGAUCGUUUUCUGUUAGAUUACAAUUAUUAAGGAGAUGAUAGGUUUAUAUUAUUUCAUAAUUUUGAAAUAAAAAUAUCAUACUAAUUAAAACUGAUAUUAAUUGAAAUAUGUAAAUUCACUAUAUAACAGCAAGUUGUAUAUGAUAAUUAUAAAAUAUUAAGUUUUAAAAGCAAUUAAAACUUCGGACAUGAAUGAUGUGUUGUUAAUUAACAACGCUACAUCUGUUUUGCCUUAUUGUGCUCAGUCUUUGUCUAAUUAAAAACUGAUAUGAUCGAAGGUCAAAUAUGAAGUCGCUGUAUCUGUAUUAUUAUACAUUACAACAAAACAUAUGGUCAAAGGAGGAAAUACCAAUAUAAUAAGUUGCAAAAAGUUUAUCCAAUGACUUCCACUGCUUUUUUAAAUGUAUGAAUUUUAAAGGCUGUAAAAGGGGAGGUAAUAAGACCACAUUUUCAUAUGCCCAAAAAUGUUAUAUUUCAUAUUUAAGCUUAGAUAUUUUUAAGAAGCAUUGGCUUGUUGACAUCUACAAAAUUAUACAAACCAUGCUUCUGGGGUUUAUAUUGUCCAUUACCUAGUGAUCAUUUAAAAAGGAAACUACGAUGGUUAAGGAACUACCGGCCUAUAUGACUGAAAUACUGUUUGGAAAAGGCGUAAAAUGAAACAAACAAACUUACCUAAAGUUACAAUGCCUUGAUUUUAGUUAUUUGGUAUGUAUCAUUGUCUAAGAGAACCUGCUAUAGUUACAAAAAUUUCUCUGAUAUUAAAAAUGGCUAUUAACAUAGAGGGGUAGUGGGUAGAUUUCUUACAAUUUACAUGUAAAAAGGUUUAUAUCGUUAACAAGUCUUCAAAAUCUUUUCCUGCAACCUACAACGUGCAGAGCAUAGAAAUUUAGCAUGUAGCAUCACAAAUAUUGACUUAAUAAAAGUAUUAUCAUCAGUUUUGUACAAAACAUAAAGUGAAUGUAUGUGCGGAUAGUAAUGUUAUGAAUGUAAAUGGAGGUAAUAUGAAAAGAAAAGUAUAUUUUAAGUCAUAAUAUUUUGUGCUUUUGAAUUCUGCUAUAAUAUUACUUGUGCGUUUUUGAUUUUUGUUGUUUUUUUAGCUCACCUGUCACAAAGCUUUUGUGAUCGCUUUUCGUCCGUCGUCCGUCCGUAAAAUUUUGCUUCAAAUGACAUCUCCUCAUAAACCACUAAGCCAAUUUCAUCC